CAAAAAAAUUAAUGAAAGAAAGAAGAGUGAGAACAAGAAAGAACGUCUGUCUUGAAAAGUGGAAUGAGCUAUUCUAUCGCAUGACGUGCCCCUGCAAUUUCUGAUGGAGUCGAACCCCCAGCCUUCAGCUAAUGGUCCUCCCCCAAAACCGUGGGAGAGAGCAGGUUCCUCAUCUGGUCCUGCACCUUUUAAACCCCCAUCAGCUGGAAGCACAAGUGAUGUAGUUGAGGCUUCAGGAACUGCUAAACCUGGAGAAAUAGUUUCAAGUUCCGAUAGAAAUGCCACUGUUAAUAGAAAUGCUCUUGCUAGGCCUGUUCCCUCAAGGCCGUGGGAGCAGAACUAUGGGAGCAGCAGCAACUACGGAGGCUAUGGUUCCACUAUGAACUAUAACUCGGGUUACGGCUCCGGAAUCUCCGGAAUGUCUGGAAUGUCUGGAAUGUAUGGUUCAUCAUAUGGUGGAACUGGAGGAUUAUAUGGUGGGGGAAUGUAUGGCAACAACAGCAUGUAUAGGGGAGGGUAUGGAGGUGGAAUGUACGGAUCUUCUGGGAUGUAUGGAGGUGGAAUGUACAAUAGUGGUCUUGGAAGCCAGAUGGGUGGUAUUGGAAUGGGCAUGGGUGGCCCUUAUGGAGGUCAAGAUCCAAAUGAUCCAUAUGGUGGUCCUCCAUCUCCACCAGGGUUUUGGAUUUCAGUACUUCGGGUGACGCAAGGUGUGGUAAACUUUUUUGGUCGAAUUGCAAUUCUCAUAGACCAGAACACCCAGGCAUUCCAUAUGUUCAUGUCUGCACUUCUUCAGCUUUUUGAUCGCUCUGGAUUAUUGUAUGGAGAGCUGGCUAGAUUUGUAUUAAGGAUACUGGGAGUUAAAACAAAACCCAAUAAGGUUCAUCCACAAGGUCCCAACGGGGGUCCUCUCCAUGGACCCCAUGGACCCCAUGGACCCCAGAACUACAUCGAGGGUCCAAGACCUGCUCCGAGUGGUGGUUGGGACAAUGUUUGGGAAAAUGAUACCAGUAAAUGAUGGGACUUUACAAAACAGUGUCAUCUUGCUUGCCCCCCUGUGAAUCUUGCUUGCAUUUAGAGAACCAGAAAAGGAGAAAAGGAUCUCUUCCAACCCCAAUUUGAGUGAACGGAAAUGCCAAUAUGAAUGUUGAUGUGGUGUCAUGUAGUCUCUGCAGCUCGUGUGGCUCGUUAGAUGACUAGUCAGUUAAAAAAUAGCAAUAAUAAGAUAUAAGCUUUGUAUCAUGAAUUUGAAUAUGGAUGACUACCAAUUAUAAGUUGUGAUUGACAUCCUCGUUCUUGAUCUUAUUCUACCUGCCACAAUAAAUCCUCUGAUCUUGGAAAUUAA